AUGCCCUACGCUCUGCUUGCAGUCGACCACCUCUCUGACAGUGUUGGCGGACUUGAGCCUGUUGACAGACAUGAAACUCGCCAUUUUCUGACAGUGGCUGCAUGUCUCUUUCUGGGGGCGGCGGCCUGUGGCUUUUUGUGGUCAUGGCAAAACCUGAGGGAACUGGAAUUGUCGCAUGGAGGUACGGAAAGCGGCAUUUCCGAUAAAUUUGCAUCUUGGCAGGAUUGGGGCGGCUUUGAACCUGUGAAGACUUUGCACCAGGCCCUUGAGAUGGAGCGUAAAGCAUGGCAGAUGACGAGACAGGAGACCUGUAGUUGGGAGGCGGGAGAUCCACCGCCCCAGUUUGCAGGGUGGAAAGCAUGGCCGGAAGCGGGUGAAAGGUGCGAGCCCCGUGAGAGCCAUUUGCAUCCUGACAAGCCUGAGCGCUCUGAUUGCUGGGACAUUCUGGUGUCUUCUUGUUCGAACACCAGCAAAUGCGGCGCAUCAUGGCAAAAAGCGCACAAAGCUGCGCUUCACAAGCUUGGCAUAACAGCCGUGAAAGCUCGAUACCCUCUGGAUGAUGUAAGUCUUUGUGGCGGAGGGUCUGAAGGGUCAAGAUCCUGGACGUCCGAUGAGUGGGAGCGAUCUCAAUCUUGGUUCGAGAGAAACGUUCAGGUUUAUGUUUUGGAGAUGCCAGGCUUAGUGAUCAGCGAGCAGCACGAGACAUUUUCAGAUUUGGCUCGUCAUGGUCUCCAAGCUGUUCGUGUUGCAGGCUUGGAUUUGCUGUUUUCGGAUGACUUGAAGGUGGCCCUUGCAGCGGGGGUGGUUCCUGAUGGCUUUGAUCCACGAAACUUUGCAGAUGAGCUUGGUGCUGCCAGCAGAGCUGCAAGUCACUUCCAUGUUCAACGCAUGGCGAGCGCUUUGGCCGGACACAAGCCGCUAGCGCUAGUGUUGGAGGACGGUAUUCGGCUCGCCCGUGACUUUCAACAACGAGUUUGGUCUCUUAUCCAAGAGGAGAUCCCAUGCGAUUGGGAUGUUCUUUCAUUAUCAUCAAGUUGUCCUGCUGGUCGCUGCAUUUCACCCCAUUUGGCCCGGAUAGGUCCCAAUGCCAAACUUUCCAGGAUGGAGCGCUGCAAGGAGAUGGUAAGUCGUGGCUUUGGAGGUAUCCUUUAUCGAUCGGCUGUUGUAGCUAGCAUUCAGAAGAGAUGGAUGGGGGUUGCUUUUGAUGUCAAUCAUCCUGACUGUCUUUCCCUUGAUGCUUCAUUGGCAGCAUUGGCAGACGAGGUUGCCUUUUACGCUGUGCCAGCAGUUCAGUCGCAUAUCUUGAGAAGCUGCUGA